AUAAAACAGUGCAGAUCCGAUGUCUGAUUACGACUUGGAAUCUCUACAAAUUCUCUUAUUUGGAUAGCGUGGAAAAGAGAGAGAGAAUUUAGCCACCACAAGUAUGGGAAGAAUCAAACCAGCAUAAAAGCAUAAUGAACCAGUAGACGUUAUGUAUCCAGUAGCUUGUUGACACGUUGCGAGAAGCGUGUGUAAGCAUGAAACACAUGGAUUGCGAGGCAGGAAAUCAUAACCAGUGCUCGUACAAGAAAUUAGGGGAAUUGCGAAGCUUCCGACAAGACGACGAACUCCAGUCAGUCCCUCGUCGUCGUCGUUGAGAGCGGGCUCUUUAGACUUGGUAGGAUCUCUCUCUUGAUUCUUUGAUACGCGUUGAAACGUAAAAAGCUGUCCGUAAUUGAGCUCACAAACCCUCGAAUUUUUAUUGAGGGCAAUUUCUCUGUUUUUUUUGCCGGGAAACAGAUCUCUUCUUCAUCCUGUCUCUUAUCCAAAAUCAAUACGAACGAAUCACUAUAUGUAUGUAUCUAUAGUUUUCGUAUAAUUCUUAUAGAGAGAGGGAAGAGGGGGGUAUGGGGAUGUCGGAGAAUACGACGGGAUUGAUACUGGCAAUGGCGUCCAGCGCGUUUAUUGGUGCGAGUUUCAUUCUGAAGAAGAAAGGCCUCAAGCGAGCUGGGGCUAACGGUACACGCGCAGGGGUUGGAGGCCAUACCUACCUACUAGAGCCUCUUUGGUGGGCAGGCAUGGUGACUAUGAUUGUGGGAGAGGCUGCAAAUUUUGUAGCUUAUGUUUACGCCCCUGCAGUUUUAGUGACCCCACUUGGUGCAUUAAGUAUAAUUGUCAGUGCCGUUUUGGCACACUUCUUGCUGAAGGAACGCAUACAGAAAAUGGGUAUUGUUGGAUGUGUUUCUUGCAUCGUGGGAUCAGUAGUGAUUGUAAUCCAUGCACCUCAAGAACAUACUCCAAAUUCUGUGCAAGAAAUCUGGACCCUAGCAACUCAACCAGCCUUUCUAAUAUACGUAGCAGCUGCAAUGUCAAUUGUGUUGGCUAUAAUUUUACAUUUUGAGGCUCGCUAUGGGCAGACAAACAUAUUGAUCUACUUGGCUGUCUGUUCGUUUAUGGGUUCACUUACGGUUGUAAGCAUAAAAGCAAUCGGAAUUGCAAUAAAACUAACAUUGGAGGGAAUAAGCCAGAUAACUUAUCCUCAGACGUGGUUUUUCGUUACUGUUGCGGCAAUCUGCGUCAUUACACAGUUGAAUUAUCUGAACAAGGCACUGGAUACUUUCAAUGCAGCUAUUGUUUCUCCCGUGUAUUAUGUGAUGUUUACAACUCUUACCAUCAUUGCCAGUGCCAUAAUGUUUAAGAAUGCAAGCAGCAUUGCCUCUGAGAUAAGCGGAUUCAUCACCGUGAUUUGUGGAACAAUCGUACUUCACGCAACAAGAGAACAGGAACAAGCUUCAACACCAGGAUCUCCAGCUUGGUAUCUUGGUGGAAGUUCUAUGAAGGGUGUUGAAGAUGAAUAUCUAAUUAACCUACGCACUUCGGAUUAUUUGGAGCCGUGAAGUCUUUCUUUUGAAUGGAUGCGAGAAGAAUGUGAUCUUCCAUCAAUCAAGCACUGGAUGGUCUCUGCAGAGCUAAGAGCUUCUUGAUUUUGGGCCAAAGUUUGGUGGAAAUAUUGGUUUUGCUGGUGGAUAUUUUGUGUAUAACUUCUGUGACAGGAAGUCUGAGAAGACCCCGGAUUUUGCACUUAUGAAUGCAUCGUCCUCCGCUUGAAUUACAGGAAACUGUCUUGCAACAUAUUUUGUGAGUGUAAGUUCUACGUACAUCUUAUGUGUCCUUGACUCCGCCCAUUGCGAGUCUUGUCCGGUAGGGUUGGAUAGCUUGAACAAAAAAGCAGUGCAGAAAAAGUAGUGAUCUCAAUUGCAGUGCAUGUCCAAUGAUAGUCAUUCUUUAUGUACAUACCUGUUUUUCUUUUCUUUUUACAGUUAAGUUUUUAGAGGUCCUCUUUUCAUUCUCUCCUGGGAGUUUGGAUGAUUUCCUCACUUGUUGAACAUGUGUAAAUCCAUUGUUUAACUGUUUGAUAGAUUUAAGAAUCCAAACCCUAAUACUAAUA